ACUUUAUUGACACCGGGCGACGAGCGGGAGGCGACGAGGCUGCGGUUUACUCGCUGCCGGCAGGUUAACUCCCCCACUGUUUUCACUUAAAGCGGGUGUCAGAGUUUGUGUACUAUGUGCAGCAGUUGUUUAAGGUCUCCCCCCGAUCACCGCCGGCUGCAGUAGUCGGGGUUCCGGGGGCCUCCCUCCCUCCGUCUCUCCGUCUCCCCCUCUCCCCCUCACCCCCUCAGUCCGCGGCGGGCGGGCGGGCGGGUGGGGCAGCAGCGGACGCCGCCAUCAUGAGGUACAACAUGAGGGAGCUGCUGUGUCUAUCCAAGCAACCGGCGGAGAAAGCUGCCGAGCUCACCAUGAGGGGGCCGAAGCGCAGCGACGUUGCAAAAUGUCGGCUCGUGAAACUAGUUGUCAACUUCCUUUUCUACUUCAGAAUUGAUGAAGAGGAGCCCGUUGGUGCCUUGUUACUUGAGCAGUGUAAAAUCCAAAAGGAAGAUGACAUUGGCUUCUCAUUAGUAUUUGUAGAUGAGCCAGAAAGAAAAUAUUCAUUUAUGUGUGACACUAAAGAAGAAUGUGAGGAGUGGAUUGAAGCUUUGACAAAAGCUAGCUAUGAAUACAUGCGGAAAAGUUUAAUUUUUUACCGAAAUGAAAUUAAAGAAAUAACUGGAAAAGAUCCACUGGAACAGUAUGGAAUUUCAGAAGAAACAAGAUUUCAAACCAGAUCAUAGAGACUGUAUUCAAAGGGUACUGUGAUUUCAGAUGAUUCUUUUGGACCUCUUGCAUUUUCCUACCAUAUUGUUCUUUCAGCUUUCCCACACCAUGAUGUUUUUUAGUCAGUGAAUUUGUGUGCAUGUGGUGUAAAGUAUGUGGGGUGGGGGGGGGGGGGGGGGGGGGGGGGGGGAGAAGAGAGAGAAUGCAGCGGUGGUGGAGUUGGGAUGCAAGAGAUUGUAAUUUAACAUUUAUAAAUAACUUGAAUUGGGUCUAUUUAUUAUGUACUUUUUUUUCUAAAUGUUGAUGUUUGCAUGAGAUGUUUUUGGGUUUCCUUAACACAAUGGACUCUGAACUUUAAACAUUUCUGUUGGUUUCAUUGAUUUUUGGCUGGUUGCUCAAUUAAAAAUAAUUAUUCUGACUUGGUGAA